GAGUAAGGAGAGAAAAAGAUAACACGUACCAUGGAGGGUGCUGACAAAGAUGUUGCAAAUGGAUCCAAGGAAACUGGAUUGUCAAAAAAGCUGAAAAAGAAACUGGCAAAGAUAGAAAAAUCUCUUUCGUUGAAAGAGAAGCUCCAGUUGACCGACUUCCCGACCAAGGUGCUCUGUGUUCAGAAUGGAGGACUGGGAAAUGAUGUGUGUCAAGAGGAACUGAUGGCAGCAUUUUCUCCCCACGGAGCUGUGGACUGCGUCAUCAUGUUACCUCGGAAGCCGUACGCUUUUGUGUGUUAUUCAGAUUGCUCUAGCGCGAUGAAGGCCUUCCAGCACCUCAAUGGUCACACACUGAAACAAGGAAAAGACCCAUCACAAAAUGUCAUCUUGUAUUUGUUAUAUGUAGAGAGAGCCCCACCCAGCGUUGUACCAUCAUCAGAGCGACCUCCUGGCCUGCAUAUCCUUGAGGAUUUCGUCACGAUACAAGAAGAGGCUUCCCUCAUUGAACACUUCAAGUUCAACAUUGAGGAUUCAGAGGGACAGAAAGAGUGCGGAGUGAUGAAACAUCGGCAAGUGAAACAUUUUGGCUAUGAGUUCAAAUAUGGCAUCAACGACGUGGACAUUAAUGACCCACUCCCAGACGGAAUUCCCACCAUCUGUAAAGGUUUCCUGGACAGAUCCUUGGCAACAGGUCUUGUCCACUUCUUCCCUGAUCAGCUGACAGUGAACCAGUACAAACCCGGCCAAGGUAUUCCCCCUCAUGUUGAUACGACCUAUGCAUUUGAAGACGGGAUCGUGUCGCUGAGUCUCGGCUCACAGGCAGUGAUGGACUUCCGUCACCCGGACGGGCGACACCUGAGCGUGGUCGUCCCUCGUCGUAGUCUCCUCAUCAUGACGGGGGACUCGCGCUACGUCUGGUCUCACGGGAUCACACCGAGGAAGUCGGAUAUUGUUGCCACACCCACCGGCUGUGGCCUCACCUUGGUGCACAGAGACACGCGCCUUUCCCUCACCUUCAGGAAGGUCGUGAUGGACAGAAAGGAAGAGGGGAAGAGUGUGAUUGAGGCUCUUUUGCCGGAGACGGAGGGUCAGGCUGUGGCCUUGGAGAAAGAGCAUGUGCAACAGGUAUAUGACGACAUAGCGGAGCACUUCAGCGGCACGCGCUACAAACCCUGGCCUCGAGUGGUGGACUUCCUGCAGGAGCAGCCUCCCCUGUCUCUGCUGGCUGAUGUCGGGUGUGGCAACGGAAAAUGUCUGGGCGUGAACAAAGACUUGUUUGAGAUUGGCAGCGAUUUCAGCAAAAAUCUGGCCACCAUCUGUCGCAGUCGUGGUAACGAAACCUGUGUUGCGGACGUGACUUGCCUCCCCUUCCGCUCAGACUCUUUUGACGUGGUCUUGUGCAUCGCUGUCAUACAUCACAUGGCCACCAAGGAGCGGCGCCAGAAGGCUGUGUCUGAGAUUGUUCGGGUCCUGCGGGCUGGCGGGCGAGCUCUGCUGUACGUGUGGGCCAUGGAGCAAGACCUACAGGAGAAGCCGUCCAAGUACAUCCACGUGAACAGACAGAAGAGGAUAGAGGGGAGUGGUUCGCCGGACGAUGAGGCAUGUGUGGUGAGCGGUGACCACUCGAGGAUUGCGUCGUCAGAGUCGGAGGAGAGUGGUCGUGUCUCUGCUGGUGGUGAUGGUGGGUUUGUGGGGGGAACGCAGAAAAUGUCUGAACUGCCCGGUGAUGUGGAAAAGAAGAGUGACAGAGAUAUGGGUUUGGAGGAACGGUAUGGCUCAAGUGUAGGAAGUAGGAAGGAGCUCAGUGACAAAAGUUGUUCUGUAUCAGGAAGUGUCUGUCGUGGAAUCGAGCGGUGUGGUGAGGAAAAGAAAGAGUCCGAUGGAAGUGAGAUUGUUUCUGAUUGUUCUGGACUCAGCAUUUCUGAGAGAUGUAAAGACGAGGGGGUGAGUGCCGGAGAGGAAAAGAUUACCCGGAAAGAUGGCUCUGAAGCCAACUUGGAGAGUCACGACAAGGGUAGGACAACGGGGAAGAAACUCCAGAUUCACGUCAACAGAACACAGUUUCAGGACCAGGACAUGCUGGUACCAUGGCAACUGAAAAAGGCAGCCAAAAGCUGCGAUGUGUCUGCCUCAGGGAGCGAUCAACAACAGGUGUUUCACCGUUACUAUCACAUGUUCCAACAGGGGGAGCUGGAGGCAGUGUGCCAGGGUGUGCCGGAUUGUUCAGUGAGAAAGAGUUACCAUGACCAGGGAAAUUGGUGCGUUGUUCUUGAAAAAUUGUGAUUGUGAAAUUGUGAUUGUGAGUACAUUAAUAAUAUAAUAAAUCAUACGAAAAGGGA